AUGAGCACCGCCACCACCAACGACAACCUCACCGUCCUCCCCAUGACCGAGGCCGACAUCCCCCUGAUGACGGCGCUCCUCCACAAAGCGUACUACUCGCCCACCGGCGCGGGCAUCAGCGGCCUCCUCUACCACGCCCCGCCCUCGCAGUCCUCCCUCGACAAAACCACCGCCCAGCGCCUGCACGCCUUCCGCACCGACCCCGCCGCGCACUUUGUCAAAGUCGUCGACUGCACGUCGAAUGCCGGAAACGACGACAGCGCCACCGCCGCCCCCGCCAUCAUCGCCUGCGCCCGCUGGGACAUCCCCCGCCGCCACGGCCACCGCCCCGCCGCCAACGACAACGACGACGACGACGACCAGCUCAUCCCCGACGACGAGCUCAUCCCCGAGUUCCGCCCCGCCGUCUACCGCGCCCUCUUCGGCCCGCUGCGCGCCGCCCACGCCGAGCUCAUGGGCGCGCGGCCGCACGCGCACCUGGCGACGCUGGUGACGGACCCGGACGAGGGGCGGCGGGGCGCGGGGGGCAUGCUGGUGCGGUGGGGGCUGGAGCGGGCGGACGCGGAGGGGCUGGAGGCGUAUGUGGACGCGUCGCCGGCGGGGGAGGGGUUGUAUGCGAGGAGUGGGUUUGAGGUGGUGAGGAGGGUGGGGUUUGAUCUGGGGCGGUGGGGUGGGGGUGAGGGUGUGGUCGAGCAUGUGUGUAUGUGGAGGAAGCCUGGUCCAUCGCCGAGAAAGAUCGUUGCAGCCUAG